GACCGUUCUCCCCCCAAUCUCUUUCCUUCCCUCUCCUGCGCUCAGUUCCCCAGGUCCAUCGCUCAGCUCUUUUCCUCUCCUUCCCUAUCUUCCUUCUUCCUUGGUCCCCGGCGCCCACAGCUGGGGACUGUCCCCCUGGGGUGCUUGCUUAGCCCGCCCCAGUCCUCACUCCCACCCCUGAGCCCCGGAAAGAUGCGGCUGUUCCCUGGAUGGCUGGCCCUGCUUCUCAGUCCCUGGUUCCUGCGGAAGGCCUCCAGUGCCCAACUGCCCGUGUCACGGACCCCGAGGUAUCUGGAGCUGCGCCCUGCGGCUGGAGCUGGAGCGGCCUCUCCAGGCCGCCUCUUCCAGGCCCCGCGAUCCUCGGAAGGCUACGGCGCAGCCGAAACCUGGAAUUGGGCCUUGCCAACUAACUACACCGGGGCCGGGGCCGGGGCCGGGGCCGGGGCCGGAGGGCCUGGCGGGGCCGGGCCCGGCUUGGCUCCCCCUGCCCAGCGCACCAAGAGGAAGCCGUCGGUCAAGGCCGCCAGGGCCAAGAAGAUCUUUGGCUGGGGGGACUUCUAUUUCCGGGUGCACACCCUCAAAUUCUCGCUGCUAGUCACGGGCAAGAUCGUGGAUCACGUCAACGGCACCUUCAGCGUUUACUUCCGGCACAAUUCCUCUAGCCUGGGCAACCUGAGCGUCAGCAUAGUGCCUCCCUCGAAGCUCGUAGAGUUCGGGGGUGUGCUGCUUGCCGGCCCGUCGCCUCACCCCCUGCAGUCCACUCUGGCCUUGGAGGGAGCCGCCCUUCCGGGCCGGGGGGCUCCCCUGGGAGUGCCUGCGGGGGGAUCGCUGGGCAUGCCAUCGGGGGGAAGCCUGGGAGGGGCCCUCGGGGGCGCCUUGGCGGGGCCCCUAGGGGGGGCCCUGGGAGUCCCCGGGGCUAAGGAGUCGCGGGCCUUCAAUUGCCACGUGGAGUACGAGAAGACGAACCGGGCUCGGAAGCACCGGCCCUGCCUUUACGACCCGUCGCAGGUGUGUUUCACGGAGCACACCCAGAGCCAGGCGGCGUGGCUCUGCGCCAAGCCCUUCAAAGUCAUCUGCAUCUUCGUCUCCUUCCUCAGCUUUGACUACAAACUGGUGCAGAAGGUGUGCCCGGACUACAACUUCCAGAGCGAGCACCCCUACUUCGGCUAGUAGCUGCCCCAUUCCCGCCGCCCCGCUGCCCUCGGCUUCCCUCACACCUAACCCUCCCGGAACAAGGCUGCCCCGGCGCCCCCCACCCACGCACCUCCUCCAUCCCCCCGCUGCUUCCUGGGUCAGUAAGGGCAGGAGAGGGCCCGGAGCAUCCUGGGGAGGGCGGAAGGACACUGGGGAGGCCCACCAGACCGGCCACUGACCCUGUUGCUCUCUCCCAUGGAUCGCCUCUUAAGAUUUCCUCUUCCACCUUGGAACAGGCUGGAUGCCCAGCAUCCCAGGGACUUCACCUUGCUUCAGUCCUCCUCCAGCGCAGCUUCCUUCCCGGCAGUCCCCAACUCCUCCUUCCUAGCCACCUUCAAAUGGCCAAAGGUGGGGGGGAGAAAGGAGGCAGCCCCGCGGGGGUCUCUGUUCCCCCGGCCCUGCGCCCACUCUGGCCGACAGCCUCUCCCCAGCCCCAAUGACCCAGCUCCCUGGAAUUCCAGCCCUCCCCCCGCAGAUGUCUAUUCUCUUCUUCCCUCCUAGUAGCCGGGCCCCCUAUAGUGCCUGGCCGCCCCUUGGACCGUCUAGCCCCGACCUUGAUUCUGCCUGAUCCUUUAUUCUACCCAUUCACUUCUCUUUGAGCACCCAAGCCCCCCCCGCCGGAGCAGGACAAAAUGAGAGCUGGAGGGCUCCUGGCCCCGUGCUCUGCCCCACCACUCCCCUCCUUCGAGGGGCCAUGUCGUCCAGCCCCAUUCUGCCCCUCGUCGCCGCUGCUUCUUAUUUUUCUAUGCUCCCCCCCCCCCCAGUUACAAUGAACCGCAGAUAUAAAGGGAAGAAAAUAAAGUCAAACCCAACCC